GGGUGAGUGGCAGGGUUGUGUGGCCAUGUCGGCGUCGCUGAUACGGCGUGGACUGGAGCUGCUGGAGGCACCGGGCCAGGGGAAGGCCCCGCCGGCACUCCAGCAGGGGCGCGAUGGCACCAGGCCGGCAGGAGCUGCCCGGCGGAGGAAGGUAACGGCGGGGCCCGGGAAGAACAAGGCUACGAUCAAGGGCAGAGUCGUGAAGUCGGCGAUAGAGGAGUAUCACAAGAAGAAAGCUGUAAAUCACCUCAAAGCAAAUUUGCUGUACAUGACAAGUGGACGAUGCGUUGCUGACAAAGCCGUCACCCAACAAGUUCUUACACAGAACAGAGGCAGGAAGUCAAAAGAUCGACCUGCAGAGAAGAAGGAAAAGAAGAAGCCUGAGGGCACUGUCUUUACCGAGGAAGACUUCCGUAAAUUUGAGAGAGAAUACUUUGGAAUCCCAUGAACAGCAUGAAAGGGACUCUUGCAGCUCCGGUCCAUCUGCAGCUGAGUGCUCAGAAAGCAGGACUGGUCACUUCCUCAGCAUAUUUGAGAACAGAUGUAAGAGAUACAUCACUUUGUCAGCAAAUAUACUAGCAUCAGACCUGCAGAGUAACUGCACCUGUCCGGAACUCACUGCUGGAGCCACGGAGGUUCUUUGGUCUUUGCAAUACAGUGUCCUUAUAAUUACCUCCCUCCAGCCAGCAUGUCUUGUGUUCUUGACGUAGGAAGGUGGACUAAUCCAAAAACAAAUCUUGUUCUUUGGUAAGUAAGGCAUCUGCUACCGGUCUCCAACUCAAUGGAGAUACAUUUUGCACAGCAGAAGUAAAUCACUGAAAGGGAAGGAUGCUUCAAAAGAUUGUGAAAUCCAACUACUCCUGCAGUUUCUGUCAUUAUUACAGCAUCUGUCAGGUUUUUCUGGUAUUGUAAAAAAAUUUUGUAUGUGUUGUAUGAUUAAACAAUUGUUGUUACA